CGGCAAAGAGCCGGCGCGGGCGGCGUGUGCAGCGUGCUGCUCGUCUGUUGCAGUUUAGUACGCAGUCGCCCGUCAGCAGGUGUACGUCGCGUACACGCCUCGGACGCACAAAACCCGUCGUAAUAGCCUGUAACUCGGCGAAAGUGUUGGUGCAUACGCUUCCCCGAGAGAUUAAAGGCCGCACGUCUCGUCUCCGCCCCCUUCUGAAACUCGUUCCCGCCGUUCGCCGCCCCGUGGCCGAGCCUCGCGCGUCCUGCGGCCACGACAUUGGACCAGGCCUCCUGAUCGGCGAGCCUCCGUGACAAUGGCCGCGGCCAUGGACCACGACUAUUACGACGGUUUCCGCACUUUCUCCUGGCUUGCGGAUCUCGUCGGAUUGCCAAUCGACCAGGUAAAUUUUGUUUUGACGCAAUUUACAGCUCUCAUAUUAGCUGCAUUAUUAAGAUCAUCUCUGAGCCCCAUCGCUACUACCCCAGCUGCCAGACAUGUUUAUGGUCUUACUAUUGGCCUUGCUCUUGGAUAUUUUUGUUUUGGCAGGCAGGCGAUUCAUCUCGCUAUUCUUCCCGCGCUAUGUUACGUAGCGAUGCGCACACAAAAUCCCCGCAAUAUGCAGAGGGUCGUCCUUGCAAUUGCGUUAAUCUAUUUAUCAUGCAUUCACUUUCACCGCCAGAUCUACGAUUAUGGCUCGUACACACUCGACAUUACUGGUCCUCUCAUGGUUAUAACGCAGAAAGUAACUAGUCUAGCGUUCAGCAUUCAUGAUGGGCUAACGCGACGUGAAGAGGAGUUGACACCGAUGCAACGUCAUCAGGCUGUACAAAAAAUGCCAACUACUUUGGAAUACUUCAGUUACAUCUUUCACUUUCAAGCUCUAAUGGCUGGCCCAGUGAUAUUCUACCGCGAUUACAUCGAUUUCAUACAUGGACAUCAUUUGCCUGGUGCCAAAUCUUUAGCCGGCUUUUAUGACAGAAAGAGCCAAGAGAAAGAGAUUAUUUUGGAGCCGUCGCCAACUCUGGUUGUCGUGAAGAAAGUCACGGCAAGUUUAACAUGCGCUAUUAUAUUUAUCACAUUUAUCCCGAUCUUCCCAAUACAACGUGUAAAAGAGGACGAAUUCCUGGAAAAUACAAGUAUGCUUUACAAAAUAUGGUACUUAAUGCUAACGACUAUGCUCGCGCGCUUCAAGUACUACCACGCGUGGUUGUUUGCCGAUGCCAUAUGUAACAAUUCUGGUUUUGGAUUCAAUGGUUUUGACGAACGAGGCAACGCGCGCUGGGAUUUAGUCUCGAACGUUGAUGUUUAUAAGUUUGAGACAUCGCUUAAUUUUAAGGACAGCAUUGAUAGCUGGAACAAGGGCACAAAUUUAUGGCUGCGAUCGAUUAUGUACGAACGAGCUGGUCGUAACAAAGUGAUCUAUACGUACGCUUUGUCUGCUCUAUGGCAUGGUUUUUAUCCUGGCUAUUAUCUCACAUUCGCGAGUGGAGCGUUUUUCACUGUAGCGGCACGUUCGGUCCGUCGCUAUAUUCGUCCACUAUUCCUGGAGUCUCAACGAAAGAAGACUUUUUACGAUGUCUUAACAUUCAUCACAACGAGAAUUAUAAUGGCCUAUACAACGUUCAGUUUUGUAUUAUUAGAACUUGUACCAAGCAUCCAAGUGUACCUGUAUUUGUACCUGCUCCCGCAUUUACUGGGUUUGGUCGCGAUAUUACUUCCACCCCGUUUGGGACUGUUACGAAAGAGGCAAAAGCAGUCGGCCACGAAGAUCGAAACUGAUCUCUCCGAAGCUGUCAGCAACGGAAACGCACACAAAACAAUGUAGUCUUCUGGUCAUAAUACUGCGACGAGUGGAUUCUUAAAUGGCUUUACACACACAGCUUUAUUCGAUCGUUGUCUAUGGAAUAUCAUGUUUGUAAUUGGGUAAAGAGAAGCACUGGGACUGUCGGCGUGCACACGAAGCCCUAUCGCGCGAACAAUGGCGAGCAAGCACGUCUGAUCAUCGCAGUCAGUUAGUGUUUCGUUAUUCGAUGUCAGCGGAGAGAUACAAGUGGAAAAAGACAAACAAAGAGCAUGGUAAAACCUCUAUCUAUAGAUAUAAAUUAUAAUUUAUAUUUGAAGUGUAAUCUUCGUUAAUUGUAUUAAAGUUAUUGAAGAUUUCGUCAAUA